AUGGAUCGAGAAAACAUUCCAUGGAAGAAAAUCGCCAUCGCUGGAGGCGUCGGUGUCGGCGUCACGCUAGCGGUGGGCUAUUGGUAUAAAAAGCGAAAAAACGUUGAGUUUUUAUUUUGGGAAGUUUGUGAGAUGUACGAACUCAAAAAUUUCAGUCUGAAGAAUCAGCCAAAAUUAAUGCGUUAAAAGAAGUCGGAGUGAAGCUUUUCACGGCAGGAGAAUUCGAAGAAGCCCUCACGGUCGGUUUUUUUCACAGAAAUCUAAAACGGAAAAAAAGUUUUUACCUAAAAAUAAAUCAAGCUGAAUGUAUAUAGGCAACUUUUUGGAUAAUAGCACUGCAUUUGUGGAGUUUCUGAAAUCUAGAAUUCUGAUAAUUGCAAUAACUUUUUUUUUCAUUCCAUCCGCUUUUUUUUAUUGACGAAAAGUAUUUUUCAACAUAAUCGUUCUGAAUGUUUCAAACUCUAACUACCCAGUAUGGGGCUCAGUAUUUCUUUUAACAUUGUUAUUUUAGUAACUUUAGUAUAUCAGUUUAAAACUAAAAUAUUUGAAUAAUGUUCUUGUUAAUGUCUUUUUAGGUAUUAUAAAGAUGAACGAAAUAAUUUCAGGCCUUCGAACGCGCGAUCAAAGCAGCUCAGCCUGGUGAUGAAGCCAUCGUAGCAAUGUGUCAUCAGAAUCGAGCAGCUUGUCAAGAAGUUCGUUGAUAUCAAUUUUGGUUUUUUUUAAACUUUCUCGAUUUAUUUAUUCAUCUUUUCACAAAUCUGAGUGGAGAGGGAAAAAUGAAUAAAUCAGUUUCAAAAUUGCCUUAAUGAUAAAAGAUACCAGGAAAGUAGUUUUUUAGAGUUUAAAAACCGACCAUGUCGUUGAUCUGAAAACAUUUUCGCAGAGGUUUAGUUCGACGUUUUCUAGAGGAGACGGCAAACUGAGAAUGGAUGAAAUGAUGGCAAAUGACUAAGAGUCACAACGCCUAUUGCAAUAUCCUUGUCGGAACAAUAUAAAAUUUCAGAAGCUGAAUGCUCCCAUUGAAGACAUUUUGUCGGAGUGCUACGCAGCCAUCAAGAACAAUAACAACUACGCGAAGGCACAUUUCCGUCUGGCCAAGCAUCUUGCCCAAGUGAACAGGUGCAACGACGCUUUGGCCCGUGAGUUCUUAUUCAGUAGUUUUCCAACGUCAAAUUUUAAGAUUAUUUGCUUUGUUUUGCAAUUUCAAUUCAAAAUGGAAAUCAGCAUAGUUGUCAAGCAGAACUUUUAUGGAGAUAUGAAUAUUAUUCUUUGCGUUUAGAAAAAAAUAUCGAAAGUGUUGGAAAAGCACAGAGAAAAUAUUUUUUGAAGCAGUUUAUGAACGUUUUUCAAAUGAAAUAUUUAUAGAUCUUUACUGCGCUAUCACUCUGGACAAAGGCUACAACACUCCGAACGUUUGCGAGACUUUUAUGAGAAAACUCCAGAAUAAUCUCGAAGUUAAUAGUUUCGCGUAGUAGAAAAUGUUUUGAUAAUGUUCAGGUCGAAUUCCUCACUCCCUAUGAUCUCCCAGAAAAAGAAAAGCCGGUCAAUCUUGCAAGAGUGAGUCCUCAGAAUUAAGAAUUUCGAUUUAACAUUAGAUAUUUUUAGAUCCAACCUUGGUUAUACAAUUGGGAUUACAACGACAGUAUCAAAGAAGAUAUGAAGACUUUUGUGGCGGCAGAGGGAAACGAAAACGACAAGUAUUUUAUUCUAAAGUUUAGAAGUGACUAACGCUUUUAUAUUUCAGGUGCUAUGCCGAAGCUCUGGCUCUCAUCUCAAAACAAGAUUUUGAUGCUGUGCUCAACGUGCUCUCCCCCUCGCUAAGCAGUUUCAGAAACACUCUACUCUCGGCAAAGUUCCACUAUUACUCUAACAUGAUCAAGCAAGGAGAACAAUUGAAGGUCAAAAAUUGAAAAACUCUUUCUGAAAUAUAUAUUCAUUAUUAUCAUUCAAUUUAUCAGUAAGUUUGUAAAAUCGACCGAUUUGUAGAAGCAGACAGAAAAAAGGUUUCUUUUUAAAUUUUUGAAGACUUUUCCGAAAAUGUGAUUGUCUGGCAAUCCAAACUUAUGUUUUAUCUUGGUUUUAUUUACAGCUCGAAAGUUUAAUGAUCCGACUGGCCUCGGAGAUCAAAAAUCUGAACGUGGAAAAAGACGAAAAAUUGAUCCUUGCAUACUACAUCUUUUUGUUGGAGAGUAAUGCGGCAACUCGGAAAGUCAAACAGUGAGUUUUGGAAAGUAAUCUUUGCUUUUUUGAUGAACGUUAGUAAAAAUUGCAUACAGGAAUAUUAUUUUUUUUCAUCUAACCAGGAAACAUUGUUUACCCUCCGUUUUAAAUUUCGAUGAAACUUUGCUGAGGUGUACUUUAGGAACUCCUGAUUGCAGAUCAAGAAAAACAUUUUUUGCAAGAGAUCUCGUUUCCGAGUUAUUGAGCUUCAAAGUGGGCAAAAUACGCAAAUUAGGCCAAAAAGCGCUAUUUCGGGCUUGUGAAGUGUUCUAACUCAAAAACGAGAUCUAUUCAAACUUUUUUCUGUUCUGGAAUUAGGGGGUCCUUGAGUACAUUUCAGCGAAGUCUGAGCAAAAGUUCAACGAGAAAUCUGUUCUUAGUAAAAAUUUACAUUGUCUUCGAUAUAUCAAAAAUAAGUACUUCAGAGAAAACACUACUAUUUCAGUUUUUUUUUUCAGAAAACAUGAGAAGAUGGAAAAUCGUUUUUUUUUCAGGAUUUUGAACGAGGCGGUGGGGACGAUCCCGAAGAUGAAAGACGCGUUGACUCUUUUUGCCGUCCUCAUGUACGCCACUGCGGAGUUUGAAGAUGAUGACCUCGGCCAACGUGAAGACCUCCUUGUGAGUUUUGGGAAAUCAAAAUGAAAAAUAAAAAAACAUGUUACAGAAAAUUGGGUUUGACCUCAUUCAAAAGAGUUCUUGCAAUUCUCCUCACAGCAUGUACGUUUUCUAAAUCACACUUUUCAUCAAACUUGAUGUUUUCAGUUUGUUGCGCACUAACCUUCGCUUCCUCUAUAACGGACUUUUUGCCGACAAUGCCACUGAAGUUUACAAGAAUAUUUUUGAAAUGGAGCAAUUGGUUGCCAAAGAAGGAUACGAUACUCCUUUUGCUCAGUUGCAGUUGUGCCGGGUGAGCAUUUUCUGAGAGUUUCAUUUUGAAAUAAAAUGCGUUUAGGCUUAUUUUCUGACUCAAUGCCCAGAAGGCGCAAUGAAGAUUUACGAGAAGAUGAAGAAAGAGAACAAAAUCAAGGCUUACAUGCCGACUAUGUACUACCAGCUUUAGUGAGUUGAACUAAACGAAUAGCCGACAAUUAAGAUAACUUUUCAGCGAGGCAGCCGAUCCUGAACUGAAAAGCUUUCCCAUAUUCCAAAAGUUCUCAAACCAUGCUUUCGAGGUCGAGCCUUACAACUACAUUCACAACUUCAUGACUACUCAUUUCUGCAUUUUACAGCUCGAAAACGAACUUUGCACUGCGUGAGUGGAAUGCGUUCUAUUUUUUUCGAACAUGAAAUUUUUUGAAAGAUUGUUUGGGAAAUUAGAUUGUAGUGAUUGAGCUGUAAAGGGGCAUAUCAUUUUAUGAAAUAUGUCGUCAUUAAUUUCAGUGAAGUUUGAAAAAAAAAGAAAUGAAAUCUAAGCACUGAAUUUGUUCAAAAAAUCCAGAGUGUACAUAAAAAGUCAAGCAAAGUUUUUUUCUCAUGAAUAUUUGUUGUUGAGAGCUCUGCGACAGUUUCAAAUACUUUCGAAAAUCUCCCGAGAAUUUCCGGAAUUAUUACGAAAAUUCCAAACCCGACUUGAAAAGCAGAAUGAAUAAAACAGCAAGAGUGAAGCGUUGCGUCUGCUACGCGGCUUUUUAGCGGAUCUUUUAAAGUCGAACCCAAGCUGCUUUUUUUUUCUAUUUUCUCUUCUUUUAUAGUUUCUCAAUAAUUUUCAAUUUUUUAGUCCUGAAAAAAAUUUAGUUAAAGGAAUAAAAAUAUAAUUUCGAGCUCCCCGUCAAAAGCCGCGUCGCGUACGCAACGCUUCACCUCCGCCAAUUCACCCACCUCGCUUUUGGAGUUGGGAAGGGAUGACUAAGCCAAUUUGAUUUCUUUUUUUUGAAAAGGGAUGAGGAACCGAAGUUAUUUCAAUUUUCUUUUUCAGUGAAUACUACAAGAAGUAUCUGCCGUUCUUCCAACGCGUUUGCAUCUUUGCUCCUCCCAGCGAGCAAAACACGAUCAAGGCUUUCCGAGCGAUCUUCGAAGCUCGUCGCAAGUCGGCGGAAAUCCUCGGGUCUGUCUGAAAGUAAACCUCGGAUCUCUUAAAAAUUGUUGAUUUGUUUGUUGGUUUCCGCCAUUUUUCGUUGUCUUUUCACCUCUUCGGGUGCGUUCUCUUCUGACUUUCGGUUAUUUUUUUUUAAGCGGAUUUUAUUUUUUUGACACUUUGUUGAUUGUUUUGAUUAUGUCGCUUUUAAGUCACUUUUUAUUGAUAAGAAUGUAAUAAAAUAAAUGUUCUCAAAAAUAGUUGGAAUAAUUCAUCAAUUAAAAGCAGAGAUUUGAAAAACUUUUUGAAACACUGUUUUCUUGUGUGAAUUUUGUUUCAAAGUUUUGAAAUGAAGAGGAAAAUUAAAAAACAUCGAAAAAGUCACCUCAUGACUUUAGCUCAAUCUUCAGUAACCUUCGCAAACUUUACUAUUUUCAUUUCGUUUACUAGACUUUUUAAGCAGUUGAAAAUGUUAUAGGAAUUGAAAAUCAAUUUUUCCGGAGUUUCGCUAAUCGCUGACCAUUAAUUGGCUCACAGUUUCCAAGAAGGAUUAAAAAAACGUAACAAAUAAAUGUUUUCUGAAAAGAUAGUGUCGAUACAUGAAUAUUGGAUCAAAUUCGAAAAUCCAAAGCUUCUCAUCCAACUGAAGUUUUUCAUAUAGAAAACAGCUUUGCAAGAAAAAAAAACUCUUGGAGAAAUUUUGCGUAUAAAAACUGGCGUCGGCGAGAUUCGUGAGAGCAAAUUUGGGAGAGAAAGGAAAAAAGACAAGUUGAAUCCCGCCUACCCCAACUCGGCUCGACGAGAGCUCCAAUUGAGCCUCGGCAUUUCAUCCGUCACUCGUUCCUUUAUGACCAUAUGUCGCUGCUGUAUCUUCCUCCAAAUUGUUGAUUUCCUGCUACUUGAUGCCUUGCUGCACACCGACGACCGCGCUUUGUACGCCUUGCUCGCCGAGCAGGACUUCAAUGAAACCGCAGAAGACGUUGAACCUUCAAGGCGGGUUUGGAAGUGUUGAUAACCCAUUAAAAACACCAAGAACCCAAAAAGCUGCGAAAUUCAAUCUCAAAGAUUUUUUCCUGGGACCCCAAUGAAGUUUCAGUCUAACAUGAUUCAUAUUAGUUCUUUCUUACGUGAAACAGUCGAUGUAAGCCAAAAAAUAUCACUUUUAAAUUUUUGCCUGCCUCCGAUGAAAAUAGCAAUUUUUCGAGAGUUUUUGUUAUGAUUUGAAGUGUUGACGAAUAUCGCAAGAUUUAACACUGGGGCUUUUUUUCAAUAAAAUUUUAUUAAAAAAACAAAUCUUAAAGUGAGAUUUGAAGGACGUUAAUAAUGUUGGAACAAACUGUACAAAAUUUUUUGGAUAGUUAAAGUCUCGGAAUCGUCUGUCAGAAGAAAUUUCAAACUAUCAAUAACUCUUCGAAUUUCCUUAUGCAAAUUCUUUUCUUCUCAGAUCAAUGUAACACAUUUUUUCUUCUUGAGACCAAAAGCUCAUUUUUUGGUGAAUUUUGAGCUGAAAUAUUGAUAUAACCCGAAUUUAAUUAACGCUACGCCUUCAAAAGAAUCAAGAAGGAAGUCAUAAGUAAAUGAUCACGCAGAAAAAUGAGACUGCAAUGAUGAAUUCAACUAAUUAUUAUUCGGGCCUUCUAUGGAAGACUCGGGUGGAAUUUCGAUUGAAAAGAACUUUUACAGCGCCUAAAAAGUAACAGAAUUCAAUUUAUGUUAUUGUUUGAGAUUGUUUUAGCUGCAAAAAAACCGAAAAAGUAUUGAAAUCGCUAACGCUCGUUUUUUAAAACAAUGCGUUCAGAGUUGCCCUAUCGUCGACAAUUCCUCUGAGGACCACAUAUCACUUGGCGCAUUUUGACGAGGUUCUUUUGGAAAAGGCCCUCAAAAACAAGUUUGUUCCACGUUUCUUCUUCUAUGCCUUCGUAAUGUGACAUAGAGCCUGAGGAAAGAUAAAAAAAUGGGAUAGAAUAUCAAAAGAAUUUGUACACGAGUUUUUUUAUUCUUGAUUUUACUAUUUAAAAAGGCAAAGACAAAAAAAGGCACAUAUUUUUUUGUUUUUUUCACCACACGAGUUUUUUUAUAUCUUUCUAGCGAGACAAAUGAAGAUUGUUUUUGAACCAAUUUUUUUGCUAUAGUGAUGAUUGAAUAUUUUUUUAUUCGAGACAUCCUGGAAAAACUAAACGCUAUUAAACGUUAACUUGCUUGUUAAAAAUACCGUAGAAAUAUGUGAACACCUUUUUUCAAAAAGAUAGUCGUAAGCCCUUCAUGAAAUUUUUCAAAAGCAAAAGUGAAUACACAAUGUUUUAAUAAUCAUUUUUUUAUCAGAAAAGACGGUUGAUGGAACGGAAGAGUUGCUCUACCGAACACUUCUGCACCCUAGUGUCUACGAAAAGGACGUACGUCCCUCGAGCCAUCAUUCUCAGCCGACAAAUGUGACGUUUGGGUUUCUUCUCAAUCAAAUUGUUGAAAUGGUGAGGUCGAAAUGUUGCCAAGAAAGUCGGCAAUUUUAAGGACGAACGCAACCAGGCGCUGACAACUCGGAGCUGGCUCAACAUCAACUGGUUGGACCCGCGGCUGGUCUGGAACGAGUCCGACUGGUCCGACAUCAAGACCAUCUACAUUCCUCACAGUCGUGUUUGGAAACCGGACAUCAUACUCGUCAACAAGUAAUUAUCAAUAAACUUGCAAAAAAAGAAGAAAAUUCAACUUCUCAAGUGUCCUAGUCGGAAAUUUCCUGUUCGCGGAAAUUGACUUAUGUAAAUCAGUGCCAGUCCUUGCGCAUUUUCCUGAUUCAAUUUUCGCGUCCUCCCAAAACUUUAAAGUUUGGAAUUUGAACAAAGCGCGUAACAAAUACUUUUUUUGGUAGUACUGAUUCAUUUGGUUUUGAAAAAUGAUGAAGCAAGGACAUAUAGAUUUAUUUUUCUGGUUAAAUAAAACAGGCUGAUUUUGAGGAGGGGAGAGUUUUUUUGAAAGUCAGUAAAAAAAUAAAAAGCGUACAAAAAAACUUCCUAAAUAUCUAUUUCUUUCAAAAAUCCCUUCGAUCCAGUUUUUUUGCCUUUUUUUGAUGAAGGUUUUAUAACAAAACGUGGUUUGUCACAGAAAUACAGCUGAAAAUCUCAAACUGUUCUCUCUUACAGGUGCCAAAAAAAUUUUCAAGAUACAUCUUCAAGGCUUAUUUUAAUAUGAAAUUGAAACUGUUUAAAUUUCAGUGCGAUCCGAGAGUACCACGCUUCACUAGUAUCCACAGAUGUGAUGGUCAGCAGUGAAGGCAACGUGACCUGGCUUUUUUCUGCUCUUUUCCGGAGUUCAUGCCCCAUAAGAGUUCGAUAUUAUCCUUUUGACGAUCAGGUAGCUUUCCAGGAUUAAAAAAAGAAGUUCAUCAUAAUUUUCAGCAAUGUGAUCUGAAGUUCGCUUCUUGGUCCCACGAUAUCACAGAAAUAAACUUGGGUCUCAACACGGACAAAGGAGAUUUGUCGAGUUACAUGAACAACAGCGAAUUUGAUCUCAUCGCCAUGACCGCAACCAGAGAGGUGAAAUUCGUGACCUCGGGUAUGUCAAAAAAGUCAUCUUCUGUUUUAGGUAGUCAAAUUCCCUUCUGAAAUGAACCACGCUUGGCCGACAAUCGUCAUUAGAAUUCACAUGCAUCGGCGUCCGCUUUUCUAUGUUUUCAAUCACGUAACUCAUUUUUUCCAAUGCCUUUUUUUCAGUAGAGCUGUUUUUCAGAUUGUGCCAUGUGUUUUGAUAUCUUCAAUGGCCGUGUUAGGCUUUUUGAUGCCGCCAGAAACGGGAGAGAAAAUCAACAUGAUUAUCACGACUUUGUUGUCGAUGGGCGUCUAUCUUCAAAGUAUCACGGAGUCGAUCCCGCCGACUUCUGAAGGAGUGCCGCUGAUUGGUAUGGGAAACAAAAGGAGCAGGGUUUUCGAUCCAUAAUUGAAAACGAAUUUCAAGUUUCCACAAAAAAUGUAAAACAUGAUUAGUUGAGAUUUUUCUCGGAUAAAACACUGUAUUUUGAGCUUUUCUAAGUCGAGUAAUCCAUACAAACGAAAAAAACUAUUCUUACUUUAUCUCUAGGUUUGGUUUUUAUAGGAAUGUACUACGUCUCAUCUCUACUCAUGGUGUGCUUGGCCACUUGCGUCAACGUCAUAACUUUAAACAUGCAUCGAAACGGAGCCGCUAACCAAGGACGUCAUGUUCCUUUUUGGAUGCACAAAUAUAUUCUCGGAUAUUUGGCGGCGUUCAUGAGGAUGACCAUCAGAGAACCUGAUAGUAUAGCCUUGCUGAAAGCUUCUCAGGUAUUUUAUCAUCAAAAAUUCCUCUUUACAGAAAAUAAUUGAGAGCAAAAAGUCAACAAUACGGCGGAGUUCAAUCCUUCGUGAUCUGAAACGAGUGAAAAACAUGGCGAACUUGCGGGGGAGCAAAGACGAUCACAACGCGGACUGCGAAUGUAUGCACCCGAUGGCGGUGGGUAACGUUCUUUCGAAAAUAAGCGGAAGAAGCUUUUUUUCGUUUUUAGUUUUUUUUUCGCAAAUUUCACUCAUUUUUUUCCAGCAAGCCUAUACCGAGUUGAUGUACGGUACGUUGGUUGGCAACGGUACUUGCAGAGAUAAUAUGGCCAGCGAGAGCGCUUUUUUGGGAAAAGUCGUCAGCGAAGGGGUUCUGAAUUUAUUCAAUGCUUCUUUAUUCAAAAGCUUUCAGAUCAUGCCUCGGAUGAACGCUUCCUCAACAUCAAUGAACAAUGAAUUCGAGUCUCGAUUUCGGAAGAUUUUGAAAAGAAUCUAUCGAAGUCUGCAGCAACAUGAGAUUCGCGAAGAGGUCAGAUACUUUUCAACUUUUGGAAAACUUUUGUUUCUUUCAGAUCCUCGAUGAAAGAGCCAGAAUCCAGUGGCAAUGGCAGCAACUGGCUUCUGUUGUAGACCGAUUACUGCUCUGUCUUUUCUGUACAGCAACUGUUCUCACAAUCAUUUGCCUUCUAUUGGUUCCUGUUGCCUACCGUGACAAUGACUCAUUCUUCUCUUUUUUUCUCGUUCUCUUGAAUUUUUUUCUAGAAUAAAUAUUGAAUAUUCAUGCGUUUUUUUAUGUCCAGCUGAAGUAUGGUAAUUGAAAGCGGAAGAGCAAGCGUAUCAAAAAAAGAACAAAAAAAUUAUAAGAUUAAUAUGCAUAUAACAAGAUUUUUCUCCAGUUAGUCGUUUUCAAAAAUGUUUUCUAUUGUCUUCCAUUGCUUCCUUUUGCCUACAGUGAUACUGACUUUUUUUAACGUUAUUAUUUUUUUUUGCUUUGUCAUCAAUAAAUAAAAUUAACUAUCAUGUAUGAAAAAUGAGAAAAUUAAUUCAUAUCUUGGAGAGCAAAACUUUCAAGCGUUUCAAAUUUUCCUACUAUAAUUUUUGCCAAUCUCUGAUUUUAGACUCGUUCAAAACAACUCUUUCUAUAGCUUGCACGUCAGAUAAUAUCAUCUCAAUUUUAUAAUGAGAAAAGCAUGAAGAAUCAUCGGCUUUUUUCCCAACAGCGCCGAAAAAUACUUGCGGCCGACGACUUUUUUGGCGGCUCGUGGACUGUUUCGUCGCAAACGCUUCGUCUCCUUCCAUAAAAGGCGGCUGUUCCGAAGGACGAAUAAGCGAUCCAGAAUGUCGUACGCGGUCGUCGUUGCGUGCGUCACGUCCGUCGCGGUCAUCGUCGUCUCCCUGUGUUCGGUUCUCGUCAUCGUCGACGACAUCAACUCCCUCCACGAUGAUAUUUCCCUUGGAAUGGGCACUUUCAAGGUUUCUUUACUUUUCUCUCUGAAUAUUCGAAAGAGUGCGCUUAGUCAUCCUACGAAAUUGAAAAACACGCGUGAAAUUUCUUUUAAGUUACAAUUGUUCGCUUUUUAGUACACCUGUCAAGGUUUCCGCAGAAGCUGCAAGAAGCACUUUCGUGGGGAAAAAAAUUGAAAAUGUUCAAAUUUGAAUUCAUAUAGUUCGAAUCCAUUUUUUUCAUUAUUAAAUUUUUUUGAAAAAAAGUACAAUUUUUUUCGGAACCUACGUGGAACUUUAAGAAAACGUGAUUCCAAAGAAAUCGAUGAUUUUUUGAAUAAUCUUGACCGUGAUUUGAUGAAAUUGAUGGAUUUUUUUGAAAUUUUUUUGUCAUUAUUGAAAAAUUAGUUCAUAUAUAUAUGAAUUAAUUGGAACUUGACUGCAAAUUUUGAUUUGAAAGAUUUUGAAAAAAAACCUAACCAAACUCGUAUACAGAACUUCUCGAGGAACCAUUCUUGAUGCUACUCCGCAUGAGAACAUUCCAAAAAAACUUGUUGCAAUUUCAGGAACUGUCCGAAGCGACUUGGAGCAACAUUGUGAGCAUGCACGCUGGUCCACAGCAACAUAGUCAAUCUCCUCAAUUUGCCAAGUUCGUUGGCCUCGAUUCUCGUGUGAAGAGACAGUUCGACGGCUGCCAAUGUGAAGCGAGAGCUGCCAACUGUCCAGCCGGACCUCCAGGAGAAAAAGGUCCCAGUGGAAAGCCUGGACUCCCUGGACCUGAUGGAGAAAACGGAAGAGACGGCAGCCCUGGCAUUGCUACUCUCAUCACUCAUGACAUUCCUGGCGGAUGCAUCAAGGUACAAGGUUCCUUCUUAUUUAAAAUUUUCGAUGAAAUUCCAGUGCCCGGCUGGACCUCGUGGACCAAAGGGAGAAGCCGGACCACCAGGACCGGAAGGAAGACCAGGCCAGCCUGGAGAAAGAGGUGCUCCUGGAGAGCAAGGAGACCAAGGAUCGACCGGAGAGCCUGGAGAGACUGGACGUCAUGGAUCUCCUGGAAGAGCUGGGCCACGCGGAGAGACUGGAGCUGCUGGAGUCGUACAUCUUCCAGGAGCUGCUGGACGACCAGGACCUCCUGGAGAGCGUGGACCAGCUGGACUCCCCGGAAAGGUAUUCACACGUGUUUUAUGAAAAAAAAUCAAUGUCGUGUUUAAGGAUGGAGAAGACGGAAAAAUCGGGGAGCCAGGAAAGGCUGGUCAUCCCGGAAGAAAUGGACGCCCAGGAAAGAGCGGAAAGAACGGAGCUCCUGGAAAGUGCGGAGGAGAAGGACCAGUUGGUCCAGACGCCGGCUAUUGUCCUUGCCCAGACCGCGAACAGUAGAAAGUUAUUUGGAAAGGAAAAUAAAUAUUUAUCGAUCAAUUUAUGUUUAUUGUUCAAAGACGGAAGAACUGCAAAAAUGGAAGUUUUUCGAGCGCCCACUGAUAAUUUUUUUGUUGUCUGUUGAACGUAAUUUCAGAUAAAUUGAAAGAAAAUACCUUUUUUUAUUUUUAUCGAACGUGUUUUUUUAUAAAACUCAUGUGAAGUUUAUGUGAUUCUGUGCAAAACGUCCUUCAUUUUAUCGAGAAAAAUUUUACAAGUUCAUUUUCUGGUGGUGAUCUUAAAGAAGCAAACUAAACAGCGAUCUAGUUUUGAAUUUCCGAUAGGAAUCUCGAGAAGAAGUUUUGACUGAUCCAGUUGUAACAAGUGCGAGUUCGCAAUCAGAUAAUCUUUGAAAUAUCGGAAGAUACCACCGUUUCGAAAAGUUUUCUGUCAUUUUUUUGUGUUAUUGCGAAAACUGAGGUCUUCAAAAUAAAAAAAAGAUCUUCAAUUUGAGCCAACUAUGAUCAUGAUCUUUGGCUCUGAAAUAAAAAUUUCUGGCCGAUUUACACACCUUCUGGGUUUCUGAUUCUAUAGCCUGACUCAAAGUGUCUACAAUUUUCAAGUUCGAAAAAGGAACGAAACUUCUGGUUAUGGAAAAGAUUUCCGCAACAUUGGUUCGGCUAUUGACGCGAAAAGAAAAAAGGAAAGGCGGUCAGUUGAUAAGAGAGAAAAUAUAGUUUACGAGGUGCACGCAAGUGCACAAUUGCCUACUCCCUCGCCACUUCGUGUACAUUCCCUGCGGCCGGCGGUACUCGGCCAGAAGAGGUUCUGAGCUCAUCUGACAAAUGGCGUCUAAUGGGUUUAGACAUGGACGCGAGGCAAAUCACGUGGAGUUUGGUGGACGUGCAGCUCGACGGCCGCACCGCUGUCAUGCCGGUGAGCUUUCAAUAUAAAUUGCCUUGGGUGUCGCGGCGCGUCGUCGUGGGCGGCUCUGAGCUGUUCGGCUGAGAAAUCGCCAAUAAUUUUGUACUUAUUUCAAAGUCCGCUCAUCACACUUUCCACAUUGCCUUGAUUUGUCAGCUUCUGAAUUCGAAUUUCUCAUAAAAGACUUCAAUAUUCUUUGAAAUCCUUCUGUAAGCAGUUAUUGAAUUCACUCAAGUGACAAACUUGUGUUCAAAAUUUUCGAUACAACGCAAGCACUUUUUAGUUUUUUUCUGAAAUUUUGUCUAUUUACUAGCUUUAAGUUUGGAGCCAAAAACAAAAUUUUUACUAUCAACACGUUUCAAAAGUGUUUUUCUCAAGAGAUAUUCUAAACUAAGUUCACAGGUUUACUUCUAAAACAUCUCAAAUUGUCUUCUACUAUUUAAAUUUCCGUCCUAGCCAUACAAAGCGUUUAACAAGGUUAAACUUUGAGUAUGGCGCCAGAUUGCCUGCAAUAGUAGAUUAACAGAUUAAAAAUUGAUAAGAUCCAAGUUGCGAUGUUUUAUUUUGAUGACCAAAAAACUAGAAAAAAAUUGCUUUGAAGUGCAAAUACCAAUUGUGCUGAUUAUUGAGGACGAAUUAUUAUGUCGACCCUUUGGAGUUCAACAAGCCGUAGUACGCCGAAAAUAGGUCAACUGUUCGUUUCUGCCCUAUAAACUCCAAAGCCCCUCGAUUUGGAUACAAUAUUAGAGUUGGAAGAAUAACAGCAUAAGCUCGCGAGUAUUAAUUUCCAAUGAAAUCAUAUCGAAAGUUAUUUUGCGCCUGGAAUUUGGCUUUCAAGUCCUGACAGCAUGGCCCACUUCUCAAUUCACGUUUCUCGUGCAUUUGAAACGGAUACCAGGGGAAAAAACGAAGACUCUUACGAAAGACCGAGUGGUCCGCGAGCACUUUGUUGAGAAUGUUUCUGUUUAGAGUUGUGUCCGUCGACCCUCCUCAGGCUUUUUGCAUCCCUCGCACCGCUGAUUCAUGUGUUGUAUUAUGAGGCGACGAAAUCGGUUCUUUUUUUCUGCUCGACCCCCGACCAAAAGACAUUUUGUGAAUUGAACCAUUAAUCCAUGUCAGACCGCCGUUUCCGCCGCUUUGCGCUUCUGUCAAUUCAAUUGCGAUAGCUGGUCGUCCACCGACUUUGUCAUCACUUUCCUGUAGCUGACAGCCUCUAUAGCUGGAAUAGAUUUUCCAUUCGGACUUUGCCCUUGUACUCUCUUUAUUUAGUUUUGAAGAAGAAUAAAGUCUGAAUCCUUCCUACCGAGAGUCAGUUCUUUUAGUUGCUAAUUCAGAAAUUUUCGACUUAAAAUUCUAGCAAGCUUGCCGCUUUUCUUAAAUUCCAAGUUCUGAGGUUUGCAAAACUUUCAAAUUUUUAUCGAUGUAUAAAAUACUCUUAUAAAUGGUUUGCCUAUCGAUUUUUUUUUUUUCAAAACAUAGAACUGGGAAAUGAAUUUAUUGAAAUAAUUAUCUUAUUAUGUCUAAUACACUACUAGAAGACAAAAAAAUCAGAAAAAUUCCAAUUUUUUUCCUAUUUCGAUGCUUUGACCGGUUCAUUUCUCAAUCCCUUUGAAUAGCUUAAGACAGUUUUUCGAAAAUUUCAUUUACCUUAUGUUUGAAAUUUUUCCAAACGGUGCCAAAUUCAAAUCGAAAAAAACUAGUUUUGAAAAAUUAAUUUUCACUCUCGAUAUAAAUUUUUUUCACGUAUGAUUCAUGGAUACUUUCAUUCUCAAGUUUUUUUGUGAAAAUGUGGAAAUAAAAAUUUUAACGGAGCAAUCUAAAGAAAACAUGAUUUUUUCUUUAAAGGUAAAAUGGAAAACGUCUUUUUCCUCAUUUCAGGCACAAAAAAACCGAAUUAGGAUUAUUUCCGUUUGAAUGAGACAAUAAAAUAUAAAUCUAAAAAAAUGGAAUUUUUGAAAAACAGCAAGAGUUUGCUGAGAAACUCAAAAUUUAGUCUAAAAAGUUGAUUUCAACUUUCAACCAGUAGAAUCCAACAGUCAAAUGGUGAAUAGACUAUAAAAUUCCAGGAUUUUCAAGAAAAAAGCGACCGUUACCAAAGAAUGUUUGCCUGGUAGUCCAGUCUUGCUGGAUAGAUUCCAUCAAACCCAUCGUCGCCAACUCAAAUGACUUGUCCGAUGUGACUUUUUGCGCAGCUUCUAAGAAGCUUAUGUACGUGGAGAGGCUGCAACGCGACGCGUUCAAUGGAGACAAGUGUAAAUACAACUCGGAAAUGUGCUCCAUUGAUAGGGGGGAGAGACGAACGGACCGAGGAGAAGUAUGACGGAACAGGUCGGUUGACCGCCUAUCUACGGGGACACGACCACCUUUCCGCCGAUUGUUUUCGCUUCUCUCUAUCAUAAACUCUCUUCUCUCUGACCUCUUUUUUGAUCUUUCCCUUUGUUUCCUGUUUCAAGUUUUAUCGACUCACACUUUGUUUAUUUAUUUGUAUUCAUCAAUGAAUCGAUAUGCUUCAUGUUUACAGAUUCCCAGGCUUGGCGUUCCUUUUUGUUUAUUCUACGAGAAAUCAAUACCACACUGUUCGGUCACGAUAUUGCUCAAAUACCAAACCUGAACGGAAUAACGUCCAAAAUUACAACAAGAUUUAAAAAUUUUUGUUGUUUGGCUUCUAAAAACUUUGAACUGAAAAAAACUUUCUUGUUCAAAAGUUUUUUUCGUCAUAAAAAUUUACUAUCGAAGCUGACUUUCUGAAAUAACAAGAAAAUAUUUUUUUCUGCAUUUGCGAACUAUUCCACAAAUUCUGUGAUUGUUUUUUUCAAUAUUACUAGAAAAAAACAAGCUUUUUUUCAUAAUGUUUUUUUCCAUCCGAAACAAAAAUAUGGACAUUCAAAUAAAUUAAAAGAUCUAGUUUUUCUGAAUGUUUUUUUGUAAUUUAUCAAAAUUAUUGGAAACGCUAUAAAUCACAAAUUUUUCCUUGAGAAAAUUAAGGCGAAAAUUUCUAAGAAAAAAAGAAAGAAAAAAACAAGCCUUGGCAAGUUUGCUCUAUCGCAAUGCAUUAAAAAGCUUGUCGGAGUAAUUAUAGGUAGAUGACCUUCAAAUUAUGUUUUAUUGUUGUUCAAAAAAACUUUUCACUUAGAUUUGCAACUUUUCCUCUUCUUUGGGAGACUAUUUUUUCAAAAUUCCAAUCGUCGUUUCAAAAUUCGACUUCAAAUAUUAAUUUGAUAAUUAACAUUUUCAGAUGUCUGGGGGGAGCGAGUUAUGGAAAAGUUGUUCAAACUGGUUAUUUGAACUAGGUCUUCUAGUUAAAGCAGAUGCAGCCAAUAUGAUUGAGUUCGCCACAAUAUUGAGGUUUGAUCAAAUUUAUUUGAAUUCUUUGAAGCUAUGAUUUUUACAGGGAUGGAGUUUUAUUGUGUCGUUUGGCAAAUCUUUUGGUUCCAAACUCCAUCCAAGAAAAGGAGAUCAACAAAAACCAACAAAUGUCCCAGGUGGGUUGAUAAAUAAACGUUGAGUUUAAACUUGAGAAAUUUGAUAGUCUUGAAAAUUACAGUACUUAUACAAAUUUUUGUUUUAAAAACCUAUCUAGAUAAAAAAGAAAAUAGAGAUCGAUUCGAAAUAUUAAAAACUUGAGAGAAUAAUUUGAACUUGUUAACUGAUUUUCAUUUCACAGGUACUAUUUUGAGUCAAUCUAUAAAAUUUUUUUCCUAUCUAUUAUUUUCGAAUACUCCCACAUUUGCAAACAAACAGACAGUUUUUCCUUUUUGUUUUUGAGAAGUCAAAAACAGGCGAAUUUUCUGAGAUCAAAAAAAACACGCAGAUAAUCUUGACCCGAGAGAUAUACAAAAAAUCGAUAAUUUUGGCUAACUGUGCGAUAUGUUGCAGUUCACUUGUAUGAAAAACAUUUGCCUCUUUCUUGGAUUCUGUCGGACCCAACUUGGGAUCGAAGAAAAAGAUCUGUUCGGAGCCGCAGACCUCUAUUCGAUGACUGGCUUCGCUAAUGUUUUGGCCACGUUAUCGUUGGUUUCCAGAAGUGUUGCCGCUCUCAGCAGAAACGUCAAGUGAGAUUUUUCAUUCAUUUUGAAUUUACUGUGCAAACGCUUUUACAAAAAAGCUUUCUCUGCUAAUAAGACUUUCAUAAUUUUUAUGACAAAAAAUUUUUAAAUGAUGAACUUUUUUGAAACGAGAUGGAGUGUUUGGAAGUUUUAUAUAAUUUUUUUAUAGAGCUAAAAAAAUGAAAAUUCUGUAAACACGAUUCCAAAAAAAUAGUUCAAGUUUUCGAUAGAUUCCUUGAUAAUUGCCACAUUAAAAAGUUCAAUGGAAAGUUUUUUUCAAUAAAUUGCAACCAAUCAAUUAUUUUUCUAGUUCUCACUUUUUCAUGAGUUUAUUGGAAUUGAAAACAUGUUUUUUUGGAACACUGUACUGCGAAAUCUUGGAAAUCGAAGUUCAAAAAUUAUUUAGAUCGUUUGAAAUCUUUUCGCAUAUUUUAAAUCUCUCAUAAUAAAAAAAAGCUUGUUUUUCAGACCGUUUCCUGCGGACCCGGAAUUUCCAUAUGCAUCUACAAGCCAAAGACCUGCGCCAGAAGAAGAAGCGAUUUACCAAAGCUUAACGGAAGAAGUCGACAAGAUUGAUCCAGAGACGACCGUUUAUGGGGAUAUUGUCAAGAAGUGAGAUUUUGAAUGGAAGAACGAUUGUAACUUUGGAAAUUGCAGAGAAGACGACGAUGAAAAGGUCUAUGACCACAUCGUCGCAAGAAAAGACAGCAGACGCGAAAAAGAUGUAAGCUCAUCAGAUUUAUUUCAAACGUUAUUAUUUCAUUUUCUCAGGAGUGGUCAAGUUUCGUGCCUAGCUCCAAACGCGAACACUGCAUCAAGGAGCUUUUAGACACGGAGCAGAAUUACGUCGACAAGGCUUUAGAGAUGAUAAUAAAAAAAUUUCACACGCCGCUGCAAGGAAUUCUCAAAGAGAAGGAACACUCGACGAUAUUCAACAACAUCCAAGUGAGUUUAUUGGUGUUUUGUCAUUUGUGAGAAUUGGUUCUACACUCUUUUUAUCUCUAGCUUGAAAAAAUGAAUUCCACAAAAAAUUUCGCUUUUUCAACUUUUUAAAUCAAGUAUUUGUUUCUCACACACCAGCACUAAAGUUUACAGAUUAAAUGUAGGGAAUAUCUUGGAGAAUAAGCGUUGUAGUGAUGGUGGGGGUUUUCAAUAUUUUUAUAAAUAAUUUGUGACAAUUUUUUUCCCAAAAUUUAUGAAGUUUUGAUUUGAAACAUCCAAAAAUUUUGAUGUUGAGAUGUCCUUUUUUCAGAGCCUCUACGACUUUCAUAGGCAGUUUUGUGACGAACUGCGUUCUGCAGUUCUUCGGACGUUGAAUGUCAAUGGAAUUUCUUCCCGGCCCAGCUCUUUCCAUGAUACGCAUUACAGUAUCGGCAACGUAUUUGUUAUGUACGUCUUUCUGAAAAUUCCUCUGAACAACUCUCUUUUAGUCACAAAAAGCGGUUUGUCUCAUACGGUCGAUACUGUACUGGCUUGGACGAAUCUCGGGAAACGAUCCUGGCUUUGGAGAAAAAAGACGCGACGGCGUGGCAGAAGAUCCAAGUAUGGCUUUUUUUUCGUCUUUGUUUUUUUUUUCAAAAUUCAUCUGAAAGUUAUGAAAAUCAUUUUAUUCUUUCUAAUUGAAAUGAACUAUAUUGAGGAUUAAAAAAAAUUUUUCGUUUUCAAACUCCCAAGGCGAGAAAAAAAUUCAAAAAAACACUCAGCUACAGUAACUGAUAACUUUUUUAAAAAAACUGUACCUAAUCUCUCGAAACUGCUUAACUUUAUGAAAAAGACUUUCCACUUGAACCAUUUUAGUUUUCAUGACAUUUUGCUGGAAUUAAAAAUUCGCUGCAGUACUGAAAAUUCUAAGGAUGGAAUUUUUUUUUACAAAAAUAUAAAGUUUCACUAAAUUUAGCGGAAUCAAAACUUAAAUUUUUAGUAAUCUAGAGUGAAAAGCUAAUUUUUUUGAUACGGUAAAUUUUUUACUACCUAAAACAUAAUUGAUUCUCUAAUUUUUCAGGAGUGCAGCGGAUCGAUAACCGAUAACCAGUUCAAGUUACAAGAUCUACUCUGUCUUCCAAUGCAACGUGUACUGAAGUAUCAUCUUCUGCUUUCGGUGCGUCAAUUUUCCUUUUCUUGCUGACAGCAUGUUUUAGGAGCUCAUAAAAUCAACGCCGGUGGAUGACGUGGAUCGUCAGAGCUUGGAAGACGCGCGAGAUGCUAUGGAAGACGUCAACCUCUACAUCAACGAAAUGAAGCGAGAUACGGAAACCCAGCAGUUGACGAAUGAAAUCGAGAAAAGUAUCGUGGACCUUGCCAUGGUACGAUGAUAACGUCAAUUCUUCACUGGAAAAAAAAAUGUUUCAGCCAAGCCAGGUGAAGUUGACCCAUUAUGGCCGGUUGAAUUGGGACGGGGAGGUCCGAUUGGCGGAAUCGACGGCUUCUCAAAGCGGGAAAACAAAACAGCGAUACGUCUUUAUUUUCGAUAAAGUCUUAGUCAUCUGCAGGGCCAAUAGAGUGAGAAUUCCAGGUUUUUGCAAUGAUCAUAUUGAAAAAUAUGUUUCAGAACAACACGUACACUUACAAAAAUGCCUUCGUGCUGAGCGAACUGAAGGCGGACCCGAACGUAUCGGUUGACUCGAAAACUGGCGGAACGAUUACGAGGUAAGAUUCACUUUACUGAAUUUUUAAAAGUAUAAAUGGAAACAUUAAGCCAACUGAUUCAUUGAAAGAAGUGAAAGAGACUGAAAGAUAGAAGAUUUUAUAGAAAAUUGUUGAAUCACUUUGAAAUAAAUUUUCAUGAAAGAUAAGGUGGUCGCUGUUUUCGAUAAGAAUCUGGGAACCAUGUUUCUAGCAAAAUGUUUUCAAAUCGAUUUUUAAAAACCACUUGUUUGAUUCCAAACUUACAGACGUCUGACCCAACACGUUCUUCAUCUGUAUCGUGAGAGAAACGAACAAAGUGAGACUACUCACAUCACUAUAACGUUCAAAAGCGCGGCUCGUCGUCAACAAUGGCUGGAACGUUUCCAGCAUUCGAAGUGAGUUUCUCCAACCAUUUGUCCAUGUUUCUGUUUUACGCUACUUCAUACACAGGCAGUUUGAGUGUUCCAAAAUGAUAAGCUGAGGUCUGAUUAUCAAAACGGAAAAGUUUUUAUCUAUAAUAACUUUUUAUCAUUGAAAUCAGAAAAAAUGGGAAUUUUCAAUCAAGUAUAUUUUUUUUUGAUUACAGAAAUUUUUUCAAAAUUGGCCGAAUAGCGAUCUCAUUAAAUAUUGUAUUUUUGACCUAAUCUUUGAACUUUCAGGGAAAACGUCCUUCCAGUCAACUUGCUGCGAGAUACUGGUCAUAGCGUCCAUUUCACCAGUUUUGACGUCGAAACUGCGCCGACUCUUUGCAGCGUUUGCAAAAGGUUCCUCAAAGGUCUUUACUACCAGGGAUACAAAUGUGACCGUAAGAAGAAAUGAUACGAAUUUAUGUAGUGAGGAAGGAAUUCAGAUUGUAACCUCCAUAUGCACAAGGAGUGUCUCGGGUUGAAGAAGUGUGAAGGACCUCGGCGGAGUAGCGACCCCACAAGGACUUCGCAGAGUUUCAACAGACCUCGGACGUCCAGUGUUCAAUGUGAGUUCACAGUUUCCUUAUUGACGUUUCGCAUGAUUACAAAAUUGUGGAAAUUUUUUUUCUUGUUCUGCUAAAGCCUGCUUCAAAUUGAUAACGUAAAAAAUGCGACAUCAAAUUGAAAUUUAGACACCAGCGGAGAACAAGUGGUCGCAAUCGCUCGGAGUGUACCGAUAGAUCUCAGUUUUCUGCAGUUUGAGAAAGAUGACCGAAUUGAGGUCAUCCAAAACCACAACAACGGGACAUUCACGGUAACAUAGUCUUUUUUUAAUUUGGAAACAUUGCUUAUUCUAGGGUUGCGUUUUGAGCAAUCGCCAGAGAACGGGUCUUGUGAAAUACGAUGCGGUUCAUCGUCUUCGAGUGAGCUAUUUCAAUUUGCUUUUUACUGCAUUGAAAAAACGCUUUUAUGAUAAUUCUGAAUGAACCCUUCUUUUUUUUUGUCUUUUUUUCGUCUUCUUCUUCUUCGUUUACAUUUCUUCACGCCUUUCCACUACUUGAGCGGGGUCGGCGCUCCAAGUCGAUGAAACAGGGCCUUAUUUUGAUAGAUAAUUAGUUUACUACAUCUAGUGUUAUACCUAUCCUUGUGUGUGACGUCUAAGGAUUAUGAAGCCGCCUCUUUGGACCUGUUGCGUUACGGCCCGCCGCUGUAACUAUGCAUGAAACUUCAAAAAACGUUACAAUCUUGAUGUUUUUUUAAAAGUGUCAUCAAAUUUUUGGGUGAAUCAAAAAGAGUAAGUUUUUUAGAAAUUAGUUCAUUAGCUAUUAACGUUUUUAGUCUUCAAUGUAGAUCCCUGGCAUUUUAUAGCAACUAUAUGUUUUAUGUGAAUAUGCUUUUUUUUGAACACACUUACAAAUCCACUGUAGCACAAAAAAAUUCCCGCUGAACAUGAAGUAUUCGAAGCUUCUUCCAGAAGUUUUCCUGGUCUCGCAGUUUAAACCAGUUUCUCCAAGAUCCUUCGUUUUCUCACCACUUGCAUUCCGCAGCGUGAUUCUAGAUUCCUCUAGCUUUGAGCAACCGAUUGACCUCCAGUGAGCUUCGUUCGCACCGUGACAUUGCUUCCAUCGUCAAGCUGGAAAUCGACGGCUGAGAUGUUCACAACAUCUGUGACAAUGUAUCAAGCACUCGACACCUGCUUCCUCCGUCCUGGCUGCGUUGGAAAGACAUUUACUCACCGACUUCAUGCACUUCCAACAGCAUUACAAAGCACAGUCAUGCUAUGUUUACCUUUGCACUUAUAAAAAUUCUACAGUUGGGCUCUAUACCGAUGUUAUUGAUGCUGUGUGUAAACGUACAGUUAUUACCAUAACACUAUGUUCUGCCUAAAACCGAAUGUUUUAAUUUUUUUUUUGUGACCGAGGCGAGAUCUUGUCUCGUCUCAAGACUUUUUGAGAUGAAAAAUAAAAGACUUUCUUGCGCUGCAAGUUUGUCGUAUAUUAAGUUAAUGUCGUUACGUCAUAUACCGCGACUGUAAGCGACCAAAGCCACAUCACAGUUUUAUAUUUGAAAAUCGCAAAAUUUCGAGGUUUAGUCGUAUUCAAGUGUUAUUUUGAAACAAAAAUUUAGAUUUUUUUUUCAUUUCGAAUGUCUCGAAGCAAUCUCAAUAUUGUCCCGGAAUUAUUUUCCAAGGAUUUCUUUGUCUCAAUCUCGUCUUAAAAUAAAAAACCUCGUCUUGUGCAUCCCUGGUCUGUAUAUCACUGCUUUUCUGCGCCUUAUUUUCCCCUUUUUUCGCAUGAUUCUUACACAUUCGAUGCAGAGUGAAGAAUGCUGUACUUUUUUUGCACCUAGCAUAACGUCUCACAGCAAAUUAACACGAGUCAAUUCAGAAUAAAUAGUUAUGAAGUAACAAAAAAGAGAAACCGUGGAGCUAAGUAACGGCUCAAUAAGAGGUCUAUAUUUAAACCUCCUUCUGUAUGAGAAAUAUAAAAGACUGCGAUGACGGACUGCCGCCAUUAAAAAAAGAUCAAAAAGGUCAACAAAAAUAGUAGCGCGCUCAAAUAAUAUUCACGUCGCACACACACUUAAUAAUUAGGACAAGGAAAUUUUUUUCAUUAUUACAUUUAAAAAUUUUUGAAUUUUGAGAAAAAAAUAGAUAAGUUUUUCAAUUGAAACUUAAAAGGCCUUUUUUUGCAAACAAUGAACAAGGCCUUCCGAAUAAAAUUUGGAAUCUUUUUUUGAAUAAUAUUUGAAUCGAUUUUUCUUUUUUUAGAAAUUCGAAAACCUAAAAACUCCUGAACCUAUCUUUUUCAGAGCAACUCUGUGGUCGGCAUCAGUCUGGACAGCCAGAUUUCGUUUCCCGCCAGAGUCCAAAGAAAUGAAUCUACGGUUCUUCCACGUCGGCCGCCGGAGAAUAGGUUUUUUUCUGAAACAAAAAAAUAAACCAACUAUUUUCAUUUUUCAGUAACAAAGUCCAUUUGCAACGAGACUAUGUCAACACAGAAAUCAGUGCGCAAAGCUGGUAUAUGGGCGAUAUGGAAAGGGACACCGCUUUCUGUAAGCUUCGUGGGACACCCAACGGCACAUUUCUGGUGCGAUAUAGCGCUAACCGCAACACUUUCGCGAUUAGCAUCAGGUCUGGUAUAUUCAAUUUCUUCAGCCAUUUUCUGACGGAUUUCGAAUAUUUUAUAAAUAAAAUUUGGUUCUACAAAUUAUCUUAACGUAAUUAAGCCUUUGUUCAUUGUGUCUUGUAGGCGGACCUUGAGAACAUAAUCUUAGAUGAGAGUUGAAGGCUCUCAAAACCUUUUGAAUGAGUUCAAAACUUCAAAAACAAAACUGAUUUAUUUCAAGCCACUCUCGAAAUUGAUUCUUGAAUGUUAAACUUCUUGAAAAUCUUCAACAAAUUUGCUAUAUUAUGUGAAGAUAAUAUACAAAAUCAAAUUUUUACAUUCUUCGGAGACAGUUUAUCAAAGCGUGGUGAAGUUUCAAAAUUUCAAAGUUUUUGUAUAAUAGUUCGACAACUAUGGAAAGCUUCUUCCAGCUUCCAACCACAAAUAAAAUGUUUCUGUUUUUAUUUUUCUCAUCAAGUUUUCUUCCUUAUUUCAUAUUUUUGCAGUUAUGACGGAGAAGUCAAGCACAUGGUGAUUGAGCAGAACCGCGACCAACAGUAUUAUCUCGAUGAGGGAUAUAUUUUCAACAGUGUUGUGGUGAGCCUUCUGAGAAAUAUUUGAUUAAUUAGAACUUUAGGAACUUGUCACGUACUACCGUGAACACAACUUGAUCGAGAUUUUCAACACGCUCAACACUACUCUGAAAAGCGCUUACCGCGAAUGCAAGGUAAAUUUUUUAUUCUGUACGUUUCUUGAAAAAAUAAACUAAUUUUUUUUUGGAAUAAUAAUAACUUCAAGAACAAUUCUAUCAGUUUAUGAUUUAAGACCAAGAUCAAAAUUAGAAAGCUCCAGUAAAGUUUUUGUCGAUUCAAUAUUGUCUCUAAAAACAAUCUUCAAGCUUUUACUUCCCAUUUAGGACUAAAAACUCUAUUGGCACUCUGAACAUUUUUUUUUCUUUUUUCAAAACCUUUCUUAUUUUAUUUAUUAACCACUCUGUAGCCAAAAAAUAAUAACUUAAAAGUUUCUGUUUUGCUACAAAUCACUUUUAUUUUAAAUAAAAAUUUGCUUGCGAACGCACAAUUAAUAAGAAUCCGUAUUUUUCUAGCUGUACCGAGUGAUCCACGACUACGACGCCCCUGAAGACCCAAAAUUUCUUUCUCUGAGGAAGGGCGACGUCGUGACGUUGGUCGACACAAUUGGAGAGGACCGCGGAUGGUGGAAGGGGAUGAUCAACAAUAAGGUUGAUAUGUUAAUCUUUGAGUAUAUGAAGCUGGAAAAAUAUCAACAUUUUGCUUUCUAGGAAUCAGGAUCCGAGUUGGAGCUUUCACAAGUUUUUGAUUUUUUUCUUAUAAAGAAAAACUCAGCUCUUAUAAAAAGUUGAAGAGAAAUUCAAAAAUGACUCUUGAAAUUUGGUUUUUUUAUUUACGAAAUGAAGGAAGAAAAAAACAAAUUUCAUAAGAAAUAUUUGAGGCCUCCACUUUACGGAGUUCGAAAGUUCGUAACUUCAUUGAAAAUAAAGAAAUCUUCAUUUUUUUGUUCUUUUAAAAGAAAUUCAUAUUGAAUUUGGUCAAAAAGACCUUUAGAACAGAUUAUUCGAUCGCAAAAUGGUUUGAAAUGAUCUCAGCUUUUUCCCAAAUCUUAUACCAAAUGUUCGGUUUUCUGAAGUUUCUGUUUAAGGUCGGCUUCUUCCCCCUGAGCUACGUCGAGCCGUUGACUGAAGGCGAGAGUCGUUGA